CGAUAUAUGUGACGAUGCUUUUUACACUAAUAUAUAAAACGUCUAUGAAUCGCGGCUGCGUCGGAUUCGCGCCGCCGUACAGAAUCAAAUGCAUUUUAACAACUGCGGCAUGUAUAUCAAUACCAUUGACGGAUCUAUGAGCAUGUGUGGUGUGGAUGUGGAUAUAUAUGAUGUACGAAUACAUAUAAACAUUUUGUGCAUGAGGAUGAAUAGACUUUUAUGCACAUCUGCUUUAUUUCUUCAGUAUAUAUGUAUAUAUAUUAUAUGUACGUAUGUAUGUGUGUAUAAUUGGGUAUGGGAAAGUGGAUUACUCAUUUUUAAAAGUUGACUACGAGGGUCGCGUACUAAAACUCGUUUAACAAUAUACUUCCCCUUUAUUGCACCAGUUGUUAAUAUUGUUUUUUUUUUUUGAACUGUGUCAGUAAAAAAAAAAAAAACGUAUGUCUUAUCUAUUGUUCGGACAAAAAAAAAUAAUUAUUUAAAGAUUUUAAUUAAUUGUUGAGUUUUUAAUUUGCUACGGAAAUUUUUCAAAUUUAUUUGGCGGUAAAAAUUGCCGAGUCAUUUUUAGUAAUUUUUUUAAAAAGAAAUUUACUUAACAGGGGUUCGCUCUUUUCUCUCUAUUACACUCAAGUCCACGAGCGGUACUAUCUUUGUUGCACUUGUACAGUAAAUCGAAACUUCGGCCGAGUUUUUCUCUUAAACAAACGAAUAUUAUGAAACAAUUAAAGCGCACUUCGCUAGAUUAGACAGUAAUGCAGCAAAGUGCGCUCUGUGUUUUGUAUUGAGAGGUUUUGAUUCCGAAAAAAACCCAGCCGAAAAUAUGUGAUAACCCCUGUUAAUAUAAAAACUUGUACAUUAGGGAUAAAAUAAAAUAUAAAAAUAAUUUUUACAGGUAUUUAAUUCAAAAAAAUAUGAAUUUUAUAUAAAAAAAAUAUAAGAAUUUUUUUUUUAGAAAAUUAAAAUCCUUCCCGCGCUCUGAUACUGGAAUUCGCACACAAAAAAGAAGGAUUUUUUGGGACAAGAAAAAAUUUGCAUUAUGAAAUGAAAACGAAAAUUUUCUUAGGACAAAAAAUUUUUUCUUGCCCCAAAAAUCUUUUUCUUGACUCAAGAAAAUUUUUUCUCGCCCCAAGAAAAUUUACGCUUUCAAUUCAUAAUGCGAAAAAUUUCUUAGGACAAGUAAAAAUUUUCUUGGCGUGAGUAAAAGUUUUUUGCGUCAAGAAAUCCUUUUUUUCUGUGCAGAUGAUAGUAGAAUAUUAACGUCAAUAAUACGUUUUGUAUCUACGGUAGACUUCCAAUCGAAUGUACAAACACUGGAUCAUGUUCUUUAUAUGUCAAUUUCAUGGCCUAGUUACGGUUGGCUGCCAUAAUGUCAAUUACUGUAUUUGCACCUCGUGUCUCUACUGUCUGCAAUAAAAGCGAAUUGGAGAUGAUCAAGUCCACGUCUUUAUUACUUGUACUGGUACUGCAUCAUACCCAUUGUGUUUAUCAUACAGCCGUGAUAAGAAAAAAUUGUAACUGACGUUUAUUUUUUUUUUUACCUUGGCCGAAAAUCGAACCCUGCUCUCCCGUGCGUGAAUUAUCGCUUCAGGCCAUCGCGCCAUAGUCUCCUAUAAAUUUCAAUUGUUGAAUUUAUAUUAGAAAAUUUAUAACAAUUUUCUUUGAUAACUAAAUUUUGCUGCAAUUAAAAAUAAAUAAGAAAAUAAAACAUAUUUUCACCGAUAAAAAAAAGAAUAAAAAGUCAUCGGACUUUUUUGACAUCAGAAAAAUUUUUGACAUUUACCAAAAAACAAACAAUAUUUAUUAAGUUAUCAUAAGUAAAAUUUAUUGAAAAUUUUAUUUAUCCAAGUGUCGAUAUUACUCGUAUGCAGAAAAAAAAUACCAUUCGAGAUAAGUAUAAAUAGAGAGGAUCCAUCAAAAUUUUGUUCAUUAUCAAUUUCAUUCCCCAAAAAUAUUUAGUUAUUUAAAAUGUACUGUAAAUUAUUUUUUGCUACACUCUUACUCAGUGUUUUCAUUUAUGGACAAGUCAAUCCAGCCCCUGCGGAUUCAAAAUCUCCUGACCUAACAGCAGUCAAUAAUAUGGUUAACGACUCAGUAGCACUUGCUAAAUCUACUCAAGACACAGCUAGAAAAAUGGUCCAGGAUAUUUUUGAAUGGUCAAAGAACGUGAGCGCAUUGUUAAUUGAACCAUUGUCAAAGUUUUUCAAAAGUUCAACUGACCAAAAUGGAGUUCCAUUAAUUAAUUAUGAUCCAUCAGUUAAUAUACAUGUUCCUGAUCACGUACCAUUUUGAAUCAUAAAUAUAUAUGAAUACUCAUAUAUAUAAAUUGAAAAAAAAAAUUUGAAUUAUUUCAAAAAUACCGUAAUUUUUUUGUGCGCAAUGUAAUCAAUAUUUUAAAAUAUAAUAAAUAAAAUCUUAUUAUUGCCCUGAUUAAAAAAAGCGAUUUAAAACGAUUCGAAAUAAAAAUUUUCAAAUACUUUUUGAUGCUUUUGAAUACCUUGAAUACUUUUGAAUCCCUCUUCUUAUGGGAAUUUAACAUUGCAAAUCUUUUUAAAUCGCUUUUUUUAAUCAGGGUGAUGUUUAUAUGUAAUUUUUUGUUUUUUAAUAAAUUAAUAAAAAAUUUUUUUCAAUUAAAAUUAGACUAUAUCUAAAUUUGACUUUUUUUAUCAGGAAUUACAUGGUCGUAUGUACAAGUAGAUUUGGGUACAGAUGAAAAGUAUUGUGUCAUAUGAUUAAAUUCUUAAGUCUUGAGUAAUUAUCGAAAAAAAAAAGGAAAAAUAUUUACACUGACAUAUGAUGACGUACUCAAAAAUAUAGUAAUAUUUAUUUGAGCAAUUAAAAAUUAGUUACUGUGAUAAUGAAAUAUAUUUGCUCAAGUGUUGUACACACUAAGUACAGUAGUUUUAGGAAUCAUUUAUGGUGACAAAGAUCAGUAUAAAUAUACAGUAACUCCAUAAAUAAUGCCACUGUAAAUUAAUUCUGACACAGAGCUCUGUUCUGAGUGAUUGGAAUUAAUUUAGUUCUUUAUAAAUAAAGAUGUGUCUACGACUAGUCUGUUUUAUUUUUUUCAUAUGUAUUUUGAAUCAGGUAAACUCAGCGCCUUUAAAUUCAGAACAAUUAACAGAAAAAAUGAAAUCUGCGCAAGAAGAUGCGACAAUUAAAACAAUAUUAGCAAGUUUUGUUAUUAGAAAGUCUGCUAAACUCGAAAAUAUUACAAAAAAUAAAGCUAUCGCAUAUUCUGAAGCGGUUGAAAGUAGGAGGAACUUUGAAAUAAUGGCUGAGGAGUUGAAUAGAAUAAUUGAAGAUAAAGAAAAAAAAUUGGAAACGAAUCGCGCUCGAGCAGAAGCCAAUAAAACAGACAGUGGUGCACAGGACGCAGUGAUCAGGGCGCAAGAUGAGCUGAAGCAGGUCAAACAAAUAGAAAUAACUAUCGAUGAAAAGAUUAGAAAUUUGACUAUCGCCGAAUCACUCGCAAAAAAUGAUUGGGAAACAGCUGAAGAAAAAGCGCGAAAGAUGGCCGCGAAUGCUAAGGAAACUAAGCGAGAAGCCGUAAGUGCCGUAGUCAGAGCUCACAAAAUAACAGCUGCGAAUUUCUUAUAUUUGAGUAAAGAUGCGCAAAAUUUAUCGCCUCGUAUGAUAGCGCAAAAAAUAUGUGCCGAUUAUUUUAAAAAUACAAUUGAUAACCUGAUGCCCGGCUUGGCUACAAAACACUCGUCGUCUUACAAAACAAUGAACAAGAUCUGGCUCCAGGGGCAGGUGGAAUUCGCUGACUCCUUUAAAGUGAAGAUGCGCAAGGCUUUGAAACAUAAACAAUUUUUUUCACUGUAAAUUAUUAAAAAAAUUUUGUACUCUUGUUUUUUAAAUAAAUAAUUUACAAUUAAUAAAAAAUACAAUACUGAAUUUUAC